CUAUUUUCGGUGCGGCGGUGCGGUGGCUUAGCUGGCUCAGAGUCUGGCUCAGUUUGCACUCGAUUUCGCGAGCUCCGAGUCCCAGGCCAUGGAGGGUCUAGGCAGCUACGGAGCUUCUGCUGCACGUCCAGCUGCUGCGGGGCAGCCGGCUAUGCAGCAACUACCAAAGCACCUUCGGGAUGACCUCGAGAUCCAACAGCUAUGUGACCUUUAUCAGUCCCAGCUGGCAGAGCUCAAUGCAUGCCAUUCCCUGCUGACAGUUGAUCAGGAAAGACUCGCUACCAUGCUCGCACCAUACGUCAAUGCUUCCGGCGAGCUGGUCAUGGAGGCUCCAGAUCCUGACGUGAUGCUUUUCAAACAGGGAUUGGACUUGCGGCUGAAGGAAUUUGAGGAAGACUGCAAGCGCAUCCAGCAGACAGAGCAAAAGUUGCAGGACAAGAUUGACAGUGCAGCCUCUGACUACGAGCAGGCGAUCCAUGGUAUGGCCACUGCCACAGAUGCCCGCAUAUUCAAACGUCUGAGAGAGCAGCAAAGACAGAUCGAGCUGCAGCAACAGGAGAUCGACCAAAUUCGCUUUGAAAAGGAAAUCCUGCAAGAGGAGACAAAGCGACUGCGCGAGAUUUCGCGAAGAGAUGCCAUGAGAUCAAGGCAAGAUGAUCGACGCGAUGUGCGGGGCUUCCCACAGCUUCAUGCUGCAUUUGAUGCCAAAGUUCCUGUGCAACCAUUGCCUGGGACAAGAGAUCAGGUGUUAUUUGGCGCGCGAAGAUAACCUUCGGGCCUACUAGCAUUGAGACCGAGAUCGUAGCUCGUUUGUGAGAUUGCUGCCAUUCAAGAAUGAGGUGGCUCUGAUACAAAAAUAGAUGCCUUGCUGGCUCCUGUGGAAUAGCUCGACUCGAAUUUCUGCAAGUAGCCAGCCCGGCAUCUUGAACCCUCGCUCGGGCAAUGAGAUUGGUAUAGCGAAGGUUUGUUGAGCAUUGCCAUUCAGUACCACGUCCUUCGCAAAGCGAAGAUGUUUCGAAUGGUCGAAGUCAAUCCUGCGACCUUCUGGCGAAAGCAUGUUCGCUGCUGGCCGGCAGUGGACGCAUGUCAUCCGAACCAAUGAUACGUAGUGUACUUCACUUACAGUAAAGGCUUUUUUAUUUAAAGUCUCUUGGUGACUUGCACUGUAUUGCGCAGCAUUUGCUAGGACUUUGAUUUGAC